AUGUAUGUUCCUGUAAUGACAACAUGUGGACACAAUUAUUGCUACGAUUGUAUAUCAAAUUGGCUGGUUAGUAAUAAUGCCAAUGAGUUGACAUGCCCACAGUGUCGACAACCAUUGAAAGAUCCGCCUGCCCUCAAUUCCGCGCUGCAACACUUGCUGAACAUCAUAAUUGACCUCUGUGCCCCAGGAGAUGCACGGCAGGAUAGAACGAGAGCUGAAAGCGUUGCUCAAUACAAAGAUGAUGUUGAUAACAAUACGCUUUACAAAGAUGUAUUCAAUAACACAGCAAUGGCUGUGGUUGAUGAUGACGAUGGCGUAGCACGCUGCAGUAACUGCCAUUGGGAAGUGGAAGGAGACGUAUGUCCGCAUUGUAGUGCGAGAAUGAGAAAUCGCACUGCGGAUUAUGAUGAAGAGGAGGACGAUGACGAGCAGAUAUUAAGUGAUGAAUCCCUAGAGCGUUCCAAUAAUCUGCGAUACGGCAGCCAUCGGCAAACAAGUGGAUUACUUCAGGAUGUAGAGGCUGAAAGCGAUUAUGAAAGUGAGCCUGAAAGCGAUAUUGAUAAUCGUCCAACAUUCGGUGGUGCGAGGGAAAUCCUAAACCACAUCAACGAGCGAGACCGCCGACGCCAAUCGGACGACGACGACGACGAAAGAGAUUCAGAUCUGGACUCCUUUAUCGUUGAUGAGGCGGAAGCAGAGCAGAGCUCCGAUCAGUCAGGUGGGUCUCCAGAUGCAAAUCCGCGCGUAGUCCAGCUUGACGGCAGCGACGAAGAUAGUCAUGAAAGUCACGACAGUGAUUUCUACGAGCACAAUGAUGAUGGUGGGUUUGCGAGUGGGGACAGCUUGGAUAUUAGCAACAACGAUAACGACAAAGACAACGAGAGCGGAAGAAAGGUCCGGAAGAGAAGGUUCCAGGUGCUUGAUGACAGCGACGAGGAUGAAUAA